AAAGGACUUCUCACUGCUACGUCCUCUUAUUUUACAUGUGAACCAAAGCGAGCGCGGCAUAACUGAAAAAGGUGAAACCGCAGUUAUUGUUAACCGGUUAUUAGAACGUCUCAUCUGUUAGCUACCGUUAUAUCAACUAACGUUAGCUACCGUUAACGGUUACUGCUGGUGACGUAAUGAGACCGUCUCUUAGUUACAGGUGCCUUCCAUGACAGGAUGAAUAGUUCUAUGACAGAGCAGGAGAAGAAAACACAAAACCAACGGGAACAUAUUGACACCGAUUCUUCAAAAGACUGCAGCUCUGACAAGGAUGGUAAUGUCCACCCUGGCCCUGGAUGGGAUCCUUCUGUAUGGGCAGGGUCCCCUUUAGAUGUCAGUCUGCCUGGGCUAGUUCCUCAUCACCAGCACACUAUUCAGCCAGGAAGGAUGGACCCUCUCACCUUAAGGUUCCACUGUCCGUGUCAGUCCACUCAGUGUCAGCUGACUUACCCAGACUACCUCCUGGAGCCCCAGUCAAGUCAGUAUCACCUCCUCACUGGUGUUGGUUUCCUCAGCCUUGUGCCUGGUCCACCAGGCAGCAGCCAUCACAGCUCAGUUUCUGCUUCUUGGUUUACUAAUGAACCCAUUCUCUGCAGCAUGAUGCCGGGAGACUUACAUGCCCCUUUAGCCAGCAUCUGUGUACCACAGGCCAUGGACCAUCAGCAGUUUCAGGAGGGACUGACUGACUUUACAUCCCACAUCACACACCCUGUGAUGUGUAAUGUAAGUGGGGAUGGAGAUGUUGUGCUGGUCAACCCCUGCGAGCCAGGACCUGUGUUCCUCACCCUACAAUCUGCACCGACACACGGAGAUGAUGGCCCAGCUCAAUGGAAAGAUGUGAGCGUGUUGGGGACUCCCAGCCAGAUUCCCCAGUACCACCAGACAGCAUGUCCCCUGUAUGAGUCCAGAGAUCUGACAACCAACAUGCAGCCUCAGGCCCUUCCAGCACGAACUACUGGAACUGUUUGUGAAUCAAAGUCCAGGAAACCCUGCCACUGCACCAGAUCCCAGUGCCUCAAACUCUACUGCGAGUGUUUUGCCAACGGAGUGAUGUGCAGCAACUGCGACUGCUCUAACUGCCACAACAACGCAGAGCAUGAAAUGAAGCGUCACAAGGCCAUUAAGUCAUGUCUAGGUCGUAACCCAGAUGCCUUCAGGUCUAAGAUUGCUGGUGGGAAGUCAGGAGAGGUCAAAGGUUGGCACAACAAAGGCUGCAACUGCAAGCGCUCUGGCUGCCUUAAGAACUACUGCGAGUGCUAUGAGGCCAACAUCAUGUGUACCUCCAGCUGUAAAUGUGUUGGCUGUAGAAACUACGACGACGGCUCAGAGAUGGGCCUCAAAGAGAAGACUGUCAAUGUCAAGAACAAUAAACAGGAGUCCUGCCAGGCCUCACAGGGAGCAGGAUCGAACCUGUUACUGCUGCUGCUGCCGCUGAUGGGGGAUAUAAGCAGCCUGGAACAUCGGUCUGAACCACACACACAUGCUGCGACUGGACCGGCGGCUCCCACUGCAGCAGAUAUGAAGAUAACAGCCACAGUUGUCUGGACAUGUACUUUAGUCAUCUCCCUGUUCGUAGAGUCCUGUCAGGCGCAGAAGCUGAACAUCCACUGGGGUCCUCAGUCCAUGAUGUACUUGAAGGGCAAACAUGGCAGGAGGUUUGUGUCGGGGGAUGACGACAGUGUUUUGAAGCAGAGUCCACGGGGCUGGUACGCGGUGCUCAGAGGCAUCCAGAGGCUGCAGUCCCGGGACUCCAGUAAACCCAGUCACAUCGUGAGCUCAGAGAAAGUCCGCAUCCAAUACCUCCAGGAGAGAUGAGACAUACUGAGACUGUCUACACGAGAGCUAAUCUAACAAUCCACUGAGAACAUGUCCACAAUAAAACAGUUUAUAUAACAGCAGACCGGUUUCUAUAUGAGUGUGACGGGCAGAGACACAAAGUGGUGCUACAACCCAACCAGACCAUCGUCAAGUUAUCAUGAAAGCUCUGGUUAUGUUGUUACAGUGUAUGAAUAUUUCAAUAUGUCAUUCAGUUUUUUCCUCAGUAAAUAGUAAUAUUUUUCAUGCAUGAAUAAUAUGUAUGUACAGAUUUAUGCUUGCUGUAUAUAAAGCAACAGAUAAAAGACAGAAUGCUCUGAAUAAAUGAUGGAAGAUGGUCUUUAGAUCUUUUUUUGUCUUGAUCUUUCUGGCUGCAGUGUGUCCUCUUGACCACCAGAGGGCAGCGGUUGAUAGUAGAAAACCUGAUUUGUUGGAUUUCAUGUGGGCCAGUAGGUCACACAGUAUUUUACUCCAGAGGUGUUUUUAUUCUGAUGAAAGACAUUUGUGAGGAAAACAGUUUACCAUCAACCUGCUUAUACACAUAUCGGCAUCCCUCCUCCUUUUCUCCAUGUUUCUUUAUUACUAAGUGACCUGACUGCGCCUGCCGCUGGAGAGAGCACCUGGUUGGUCAACGCACAUGAUAUUUUUUUCAGGUUACCUGUUUCAUGUACUAUUGUCACGAUAAAUAACUUUUUUUUAAUCAUAUUUGCUCCAGUCUCGCCUACUUCAGCUAUAAUAUCUGUAUGUUUUAUAAUAUUUUUGCCUAGUGUGAUAUACCCCUGGCUGUUUUGUUGUUGUUCUAU